GACUCUUCCAAGCAUGGAAGCAUUCCAUACGUGCUCGUCCUCGACGUCUUCUUCCGAUUCUUCUUCGUCGGAGUCGUCGUUGGCCGCCAGCGACGGCAGCGGGAAGAGGGUCAGGCCGAGCGACAAGCCGGAGAAGAUCAAAAGCCUGUGGAGCGCAGAGGAAGACAAGGUGCUGACCCGCCUGGUGGAGCGCUACGGCCCCCGCAACUGGUCCCUCAUCAGCUGCUACAUCGCCGGCCGCUCGGGAAAGUGCUUCCGCCUCCGCUGGUGCAACCAGCUCAGCCCCGCCGUGGAGCACCGCCCCUUCUUCGCCGCCGAGGACGAGACCAUCCUCGCCGCCCACGCCCACUACGGCAACCGCUGGGCCACCAUUGCCUGCCUCCUCCCCGGCCGCGGCAAUGCCGUCAAGAACCACUGCAACUCCACUCUCAAGCGCCGCCUCCGGGCUAGCCGCUCGCCGCCAGUAGCCGCCGCCGAUGACGACGGUGUGAUGGCGAUGAUGAUGGGUAGGAGUAAUCUAAUUGAUCAUACGGUCCGAGGGCCUGUCUCGGUUAACGUUCCCCCCUCUUCCAUGCCGACGGAACCCGACCUAGAGACGACGCUGUCGCUGGCACCGCCGGGGGCGGGGAGCGAGAUGACGGAGCGGCGGUCGGAGAGCUUGCCGGCGGGUUUCUGGGAUGCGAUGAGGGAUAUAAUUGCGAGGGAGGUGAGGCAGUAUGUGACGUCCACGCUCUCGGAGCCCUAAUCUUAAGCCUCUCUAUGUUUUAAGGUGGCUCUCUUUUUUGGAA